CUUAACUCUACUUUCCCUCUCUUCCAUUCCCAGCUCCCAACUAGUUCAGCUUUAGCUCUGCUCCACUCCCAUUUCUAGAAACUUCCAGCUGACAAAUCCGGUUUAAUUUCUCAAGGCCUCUCCAUUUGUUGAUACUACAGGAAGGGUGAGGAGAGGUUUUCAUUCAGAGGGAUGAAGACAAAGGACAGCCGAAAUUCCAUUUACAGCCUACCCAAGAAAAAGCUUCAAGACUUGUGCAAGAAGUACGGUUUGUCUCCUUAUAAGACAAAACCCAAUCUCGUGAGUUCUUUGAUCAAUUACUUCAAGAUAGCAGAUGUAGAAACUUCCAAAGGCAAUUGGUACAACCUUCAAGAUUCUUCUGGCCUAUGUGAUGAGAAGGGUUUCAAUCAAAGAGUUCGCAGUCCACCAAUAAGUUUUUCCAAGAAUGCAUUUACUUCUGACAUAAAGUCAACGCAUGUGCCUUCAUUUAAGUUUUCUGUCUCAUCGGAAGAUGGAAUCAACCUUUCAGUUGACUUGAAUUCAUGCCCAUCAGACCGUUAUAGAAGAUUGGGAAAGGAGGAGUGUGUAUGUAACAAUAUGCAGAAUCACAAAUUUCAAAGUUUCCGUCAGGAGAUUCAAUACCUAAGAAAUAAUAGACAAAUGACAAGUUCAUUUCUCUGGGAAACAGAUUCAGACAGUAAAUCUAACAGUGGCCAUGCACAAACUGUUUCGUCCCCAAGUUUGUGUACAACUGUUGAUGUUGUACGUCAUACAGAAAAAACAGAUGAUGCGGCUUUGGGAUUUUCAGCAACAAAAGAAUCAUGUAAUGUAAGUUGUCUCAAUUCUAAAAGGCAGAGAACUUGUUCUCCGGAGAAGCUUACGGUGCUAGCUCAUCUCUCUUCGGAAACUGAUUUUUCUGAGAUAGAGGCAUCAGAAAUUGGCAAUCAUCAUCAACAUGUAUCAUAUUCUUCUAGGAAAGAUUACCUUAGAAAUUUGGUUGAUGCAGCAGAAAGCCUAAGAAGUCAACUACCCAAUUCUUGUGAGGAUAGCUGUAGAAUUGACACGCCUUCAUCUGCUGAUGGAGGGGUGCCUUAUCUGUGGGCUCACACGAGCCACCACCAAUCGGACCAUUGCGGAGCCUUUUGCUCAGGUUAUUGAAAUACUCCAAUUGAAGAUCAUCAACUAGCUCGAGACUGGUAGAUCUAGUGGUUUUGGCUGCAUUACCUUCAACGAUGAGCAAGCAAUGAGGGACGUGAUAGGGAGUUUAAAUGGCCCGAGCCUUGAUUUGUAAGUCAAUUGUGCCGAACAAGCGGUGGUGUUGGUGGUUGGGGUGAGGGACACCAUGAGCAUGGUUGAGGUUCCAGAGGUGAGAGACGCAAAGGUGAUACGGUGGUGGCUACAGAGGUGGCUGUGACCCCGGAAUCCGGAUAUAACAGCAGCAAUUAUGGUGACGGCUGAUCACACUACUAGCAGUGGUGGUGCCUUAGAGGGAAAGGAAUUAGAUAAUUGGCAUUGAAUGUGGUUUUAUUGGUUUUGAUCAAAUUUGUAUUAGUUCUACUUUGAUGUUUGUGUGACUGUCCUUUUCGACUACUAUUGGCUCGACUAAGUUGAAGUUACAUAUUAUACAGCUCCUCCAUUUCUCAGCUUGCCUAUUUUCUGUUAUUUAUCCACUUUUUUCUUUGCAUGUAAUAGAAAAUGAUCACUAAGCAUGUAGAAAUUUGUCUCCGUGAUUCUCUUAUUAUAGUUGAUAUGUUUUGUUUCUUUCAUGAAAACCUGAAAUUAACAUCAUGAU